AUGGCGACUCCUACACCAGCCUUGGAGUCCCAGUCUGGGGAAGGGACCACAAAUGUCCCCAGGUCAGAGUGCUCUUCUGGCAUCAACCACCCAACUCUGUCAGCUGAGUGCAUAGCAGAGGUGAUAGUGUCUGUCAUGGAGGAGUAUGUUCCUCACUCUUUUUCUCUACCUGAACCUUCAAAACCUUGGUUUAACAAAACCUGCUCUUCCAAGUCCACCCUGCUGCUAUCCUCCAACCACCUGGCCAAGGCGACGCGGUCGGCUACGGGCGGAUCUUCCGGCAGCUGCCCCUUCGCCGGUGUCGCCGCCUCCAGCAGCAGACCCCGGCCCCCACCUCAACGCUGCCCGGCCGCCACCCCGCCGGCCGCCGCCCCCAGCCGCCCGUACGCCGCCCCCCGCUGCCCGGCCGCCACCCCGCCGGCCGCCGCCCCCAGCCGCCCCCAGCCGCCCGUAUGCCGCCCCCCGCCGCCCGGCUGCCCUCACGGCACCUCACCCCGCGGCACUCUCCAGCUGGCCCUCGCCACUGGCCAGCAGUCUCUCCCAGUCGCGGACGCUCCUCCACGUAACUUCUGCCGGCCCCUCCAGUUUCCUGCUGUGACCUGGAGCCCUCCCACUGGCCUCGUCCCGCCUCCAUCUACAGCUCUUCAUUGGGGAUUACUUACGUUCCUCAUCGACUCUGGUGCAGACGUCAGUAUUCUCCCUGCCCCUGGUGUAGACCGGAGGUUGCCUCCCCUCCUUCACAUUCACGCCGCCAAUGUGGACAUCAAGGGUCGGAAGCUGCUCGAUCCUCUCACCUCAGUCACAACAAAGGGACAGGUCACUCAUGGUGAUAGCACACAGAUCUCCCUCGUCAACGCAGACAACCAGUUCUCCUCCUUGCUGAAGUCCUUCCCUACGCUGACGCAGCCGUACUCACGCCAACUCAAGCAAUUCCUGGGGAUGCUGAACUACUACAACCGCUUCAUCCCCAGCUGCUCACUACUUCUUCAGCCGCUCUAUGCAAUGAUCAAGCCUUGCAAGAGAGGACAGUCCAUCUCCUUAGUCUGGACUCCAGCCACUGAGGAAGCUUUCACAGCAGCAAAACAAGCUCUCAGCUCCGUCUCACCUCUCAGCUUCCCUGCUCCAGAUGGGCUUGUUCUUCCCUGUCCUCCACCCCCUGACUACUUCAUGCAACACAUUAAAAUUCUUCGCAAUUAUAUUUUCCAUGCCCUUGGUGGCCUAAAUCAUCGGAAGAAUUAUGGACACGAUGGGGUCCCUGCAGUUCUUCGAAACUGUGCCUCUGUGCUCUCGCCUUGUCUGUUUAACAAUGAUUGGUCUUAUGGAGUUUUGGGUAUUCCUUGA